UUGAGGAAAAUAGACAAGCUGGAGGUAGAGGAUGAAAGAGGCGGAGAGGUGGGUUAGAGAGAGAGAGAGAGAGUCUGACUGAGGGAAAGAUUUGGGGAUCUUCACCAGAGCGCCAACCUUCCCUCGUGAGAAGAACACAGCACCGCCACAAUGCUCAUUAAGGAAUUUCGAGUUAUUCUGCCCAUAUCAGUGGAAGAGUACCAGGUGGGGCAGCUGUACUCAGUAGCAGAGGCCAGUAAGAACGAGACAGGAGGAGGAGAGGGAGUGGAGGUGUUGAAGAAUGAACCAUACAAGAAGGACGGGGAGACGGGACAGUACACACACAAGAUAUACCACCUGCAGAGUAAAGUUCCAUCGUUCGUCAGAAUGCUAGCUCCAGCAUCGGCCCUUAACAUCCAUGAGAAGGCCUGGAACGCAUACCCCUACUGUCGCACAGUUAUCACUAAUGAGUUCAUGAAAGAUAACUUCCUGAUCAAGAUUGAGACGUGGCACAAACCUGAUCUAGGACAGCAGGAAAACGUCCAUGGUCUGGAUGCAGACACCUGGAAGAAGGUGGAUGUUGUUCACAUCGACAUCGCAGACCGCAGUCAGGUGGAUAGCAAGGACUAUAAGCCAGAGGAUGACCCCACUAAAUUUAAGUCAGGGAAGACUGGCCGAGGCCCUCUGGGACCAGAUUGGAAGAAGGAGCUCCCUAAGAAGACAGACUGCCCACACAUGUGUGCCUACAAACUGGUGACAGUCAAGUUCAAGUGGUGGGGCCUGCAGAACAAAGUGGAGAACUUCAUCCAGAAGCAAGAGAAGCGUCUGUUCACCAACUUCCACCGUCAGCUGUUCUGCUGGAUCGACAAGUGGAUCGAACUCACCAUGGAGGACAUCCGUCGCAUGGAGGACGACACACGCAAAGAACUGGACGAGAUGAGGGUGAAGGAUCCAGUGAAAGGCAUGGUGGCUCUGGAGGACUGAUGAGACUGGAGGAAGACUGACUGACCCUGCUGCUGUUACACUGAACUGUAAACCGACCGACACCAGCUGAUUCUACCCUCCUUCUCCUCUUGCUCUGUCAACAAUAGCUUCUCUGAAAAAAUCUCUUUCUGUCUUUCUUUCUUUCUCUCUCGAUCUUUCUUUCCAUCUUAUCUCCCU